UCAAGUCUAUCAUCAUCCAGCAGAAUGAGUACAAUUGAAUCACCACCGAGACUAGUUUCUCAAGAAUCAGCGUCAAGAUUGAUUUCUCAAGAAUCAUCAACUAUAAUUGAAGGAACAGAAGAAGUUACAACUGGGGAUGAGAUAUCACUGUUCCGAGGGUGCGUGUUGGAAGGAAGAUGGGAGUUCGUGAUUCCUGCAUACAGAAACGAGAGUGAGUUUCACAAAAUCAGAAUCAACGAAAGCAGAGGCACUGCACUGCAUGUUGCAGUGAAUGAUGGGAAAGUGGAGCUUGUUAAAAUUCUGGUUGGAGCAAUAUUGAAUCACGAAGGGAGGGAAGUGGUGAGGGAUGACAGUGCACUGAGAUCAACGAAUGAGAGAGGUGACACUCCUUUGCACCUUGCAGCCUCAAGAGGGUUCAUUGGCAUGUGCAUGUGCAUCAUUGGUGAAAAUGGUGAAAGGAAGGAUUUGAUUAGGGUUAGGAACAACAGGGGUGAAACACCUCUUUUCAGGGCUGUUCUCACAUGCCAAACAAAGACCUUUUUGUACCUUUACAAUGUUUCCAAAGAUCUAGAUGUUCCUCUUAGGAACUCUGAUGGAGACACCAUCCUUCACCAUGCCAUUUGGAGAGAAUUCUUGGAUUUGGCUAUUAUAAUAAUUCAUUGUUAUCCUGAACUUGCGAAAACGCGAAACAAAGAUGGAGCCACACCUCUCAAAGUUCUUGCUUCUAAACCUUCAGCUUUCAAGAGUGGAAGCAAUCUCCCAUGGUGGAAGAAAAUUCUAUAUUAUGGUAUUCUUGUAGAACCUCUAGAUGUUGAGAAAGCUAUAAAAUUCUACAUGGAGAAAGUUGAAGUUGAGGACCAUGAACACAAAGGUAUUUCAGUGAGAAUACAGUUGGAAAAUGAAGCCAAGAAAGCACAGAUUUUCAUGGAACGAAAGUAUGCCACAUCUGUUCGAUUUGUAAAGAGUGCUGUUCGAUUUGCCUUCAAAAUUCUCAGUCUUUCAGGAUUGGGUGUCACUGCACAAGACUUGAAAGCAAUAAAGAAGACAAGGCAGAAACACAAAUGGGGUCGUCAGCUCUUGAAUAUUUUUAUGCAGAGACCUCAUGAGUCGUACAUGGGAAUUGGUGGGGGUCCACCAUUCAUCACAUUUGACAGAGGAGACAGGAAUUCGGUUCAAAUUACCCAACAACAGUUGCAAAUGGUGGGUGCAGCUAGCUCAGGGCAGAAUCAACAAGAGAAUACUAGAACAGAAUCUGCAGCAAAAAAUGAGGAAAAGGAAACAACAUUUGUGUCGGUGGCGAAAGCUGACAUAGUCGACCUUGUGAACGAGCUUCGAAACAAAGUACCAAGUGCCCCACAUGACCGUACCACCCCUGAGAAGGACAACGUGCUGGUUGUGGCAAUGAAGAACUACAAAAACAAACUUGGAGAACACCACGUUGACAAGAAGGAGACUGCCUUUUUGACUGCUGCAAAAAACGGCAUUGUGGAAAUUGUGUUUGAACUUCAAUCCAAAAUACCCAGUGCUGUGCAUGAAACCAACUCCAACAACGAAAACGUGUUGCUUGUGGCAGUGAAGAACAGACAGACCAAUGUUGUUGAGGUGUUGAGGAAGUUUUUGGAUAAGGAACUGUUCGAUAGCUUAAUUUUGGAAGUGGAUAACAGGGACAACACUGUCUUGCAUUUGGCUGCAGGCACCAUUGCCAACACUGAAAGAACUUGGCAGAUUGCUGGUGCCGCCAUGCAAAUGAUGUGGGAUAUCAAGUGGUAUCAGGUAUGCGCAUGUUUUGAUCUUCAUAAUAUUAUCCAGGCCAAUCCUUGCACAUUCAGCACACACCUAUGUAUACAUACAUUGCAUGAUCAUGCAUGCAUGCAUGCAUUGAUGCAGUACGUGAGAGCCCUGGUGCCAGAACAUUUCACAUUCAGAACGAACAAGGACGACAAAACCGGUGGGGAGAUCUUCAAGCAGAAGCACAAAGACCUGGUGAAGGAGAGCUCCGAGUGGCUGAAGGAAACCUCCAACUCCUGCUCGGUGGUGGCUGCCCUAAUCGCUGGCGUCUCUUUUGCCACCUCGAGCUCCGUGCCUGGCGGCACCGACAAGGGAAAGCCGGAGCUGGAAGGGCAGCCGGCUUUCGACGCGUUCGCCAUCGCGUCCCUGAUCGGGCUCUGCUUCUCAGUGACCGCCCUGAUCAUGUUCCUGGCGAUCCUGACCUCCCGGAAACAGGCGCAGGACUUCCGGAAGAGCUUGCCAUUGAAGCUCCUGUUCGGCCUGAGCUCUCUCUUUGUCUCCAUUGCUUCCAUGCUGGUUUCCUUCUGCGCUGCGCAUUUCUUCGUGCUGAAGGACAAGUACAAGAACAUCUUGUUCCCUGUCUACAUUGCCACUUGUUUGCCUGUCACUUUCUAUGCAGUGGUGCAGUUUCCUCUCUAUGCUGAUCUGCUUAAAGCCAUUUUCAAGAAGGUCCCACAACCAAGUAUUACCAGCAGCCAAUUUUAGAGGACUUUUUCUUCACUCCGGAUUUUCCA